CGUGACAUCAAACAGGAAACGGUGAAACCUAUGAGCUGCUACACAGGGAAACAUGGCAGACGCAAGCCUGGGUGUUUUUGGUGUGGUGUCAGCCCUCGUUGGAAGUGGAGCGGCAGGUUUUGUGUUCGGAGAAGCUGCAUUAUUUGCAGUUGAACCCACUCUGACUGAAGAUGGCCUCCUGCUUAACGCUGCAACUCUGGCUGCUGGACGGGCCGGUUCCACUGGUGUUGCAGUAGUGACGGCAUGCCUCGUGUUCACCUCGGUACUCUUAUGUCUUGGAAGUGGUUUCCUCCUCGCUGCCAUGGUGAUGACACUGUUGAGUAAAGUUGGAGUGAGACUGCCCUGGUUAGCAGAGGCCACAACAGGAGCCUCUGUUGUGGUGGGUGCUGUCACUACUGGAUUGUUAGCGGGCAUCCUUCCACCGUGGAUCUACAUUGUGGUGCAAGGUGCUCUGGUCCUUUUCGUCUACUCGUAUUCCAACAUUAACGACAUGACCACAGCUCUGUUGAUCAUCUUCACCACUCUAUACCUCAGUGUAGUGUAUGGACAGUUGGGAGCCUUUUUUGGACUCAUUAGCAUGAUUCUGACUAUCGUUGUCCUCUUUGUCCUUCGAAGGCUACUAACAGUCCGUGUGCCUCGAAGACCCAAAUCUAAAACUGGGUGCAAACUGCUGGAGAGAAUAUUCUUCUACUCUGUUUUUGUGGGGAUUCUGGGAUUUUUUGUGGGUUUAGGGGCAGGUGAAGCAGUAGACGGGUCAAAAGAAGAGGUGGUUGUGAUGCUGCAGUCAGUCCUCUGGGUGGCCUAUCUGUCUGCGGCGCUGCUUGGAGCUGGCCUGGGAACUGUGGCCAUGGUCGGACUGGGUCCAGAGGUGGCUGGAAAGGUCGCUUUGGGAGUUGCUAUAAUGACAUCAGUGGCUUUGAGAGCCAUUCUGCAGUGGAGCUCCUCUCUAGGGGCCCGAGGCAGCACAGCAGGGACGCUAGGGGCGGCCACAGCUGCAGGGGUCUCACUUGGAGCCGCGAGUGUUGCAGCAAGACGGGCAUUUCAGUCAAGGAAUUCAACUUUAGCAGUUUUAGGUUCAGUCAUCGUCGGUGCAGUUGUGGCAGCAGAAUGCCAGUUACUUAAAGCAAGUCCGUUCACCACAUCAGAACUUUUAACAAUCACCCUUGUUGCGGCAGGGGCAUUUGUUCUGGGUGCACCAAAGAGCCCGUUCCACACUGAAGUGAAUCUGCAAAAGGGCCUCCUCACGGGGCCUGUGCUAAUAAAAGAAAUCGGCAUGGAAACGGUCACCGCAGCAGCAGCACCUAUUGGAGCCGGGGCACUUGGGGCUGCAGCGCUGGGCACUGCGGCUCUGGGGAAACUGGGGACUGUGGGAGUCCUAACGGCCAUAGUGUUGGCUUUGGGGAGCGCUCUAAGCGGCAUGAUAGGAAAAUCACCACCAACUACAAAUGCUCACAGAGACUGAUUGACGCCUAAGUUUACAUCUGUCUGUAAAUGUUCUUGUGUUGCAUUUUUGCAAGUAAAAAACUUGAGGCAAAAACAUUAAAUGCAGUGUCAUAAGGCAUGAUAUCUGUUAUACAGAUAAAAUGCUCGUGUUUUAAUGUUCUGUUGUGGAUACCAGUGUUAAAUAAAAU